ACUCGUGGCAUCAAUUGUACGCUCUGCAGAAUCUCUGACACGACUUGUCAUCUCUUUUGGUUGAGACUCAUCCAUUAUCCCAAAGGAUUCGCCAACGGCGCGACACUACUCACUGCAUUGCUGUGAUGGCGAUGAGAUAGUUGUCAAAUAAUCAAUCCCAACCAGAGCCGUUUAUUAAAAGCCGCGGGGGUUGGAACAAUCCAAUCCCCAGUGAGCAGCCGGUAGCAUUGGUACAAGUACAGAGCUGUACAGAGUAUGGUAUGGUAACGUUUUCGUGCCAUACAGUAUUUAAAUAAGCACUCUUUCCUGGUAUCAUUGUAUGACCAACGCGUAUCGUAUGUAUCAUAUGUAUAUAUGUUUUCCCCGCCGCGCUCUUGCUCGCUAUAUCAACUCGCUCGGGUUUAAAAGUUCACAAUCCAGCGCAACCUUCCAACGCAAAAGUCUUGUUGCCUGAGAUAUUCUUUGUUGGUCAACCAGAUGGUCAAGCCUCCAUAUCACAUAUCUCAUCAUUCAUGGUGUCCCCGUUAUUUAGUUCAUUUCGACUAGCGACUCGCAGCCAGACCAAGCUCCCACGAUGCCACUCUCCUUCGGUUUAUGGUCAUCAUGUAUCAUGGGCCGAUCCAGCGGUCAAAUCUAGAUUCCCUAUUGGGUUUUCAGUGUCUCUUCACACGGCACUAUUUUUUCCUGGCCAUGGCGUUCAACGAGUGGGAAUGACUACCCCGUGGUUGGACGCUUUCCCAUCCACCGUGAAGCCGUUUCUAGAAGAAAUGGAUAGCACUCUUAACGUUCGGCUCUCGACGAUUAUCUCGGACGGGCCAAACUCGAACCUAAACAAGACUGAGAAUUCUCAACCUGCAAUCAUGGCGACGUCGAUAUUGAUCCUUCGCGUUCUCCAGGAACAUUUUGGCUUCGAUACAAGCACACAGAUCGAUGUUGCGUUGGGCCAUAGCCUUGGAGAGUACGCUGCUUUGGUGGCUGGGGGUUAUAUAGGAUUUGGGCCAGCUCUCAAGAUGGUUCGACGCAGGGCAGAGAUGAUGGCUCAAUGCACCGCUGACGCAGGAAAACUGACCGGGGAAACUUAUGGGAUGGUGGCGCUCGUCUGUGAGCCUGAUCGGUUGGCAGACUUGAUUACAACAAUCCAGGAAUUCUUAGACCAUGGCUCUCGGUGGUCAAACGACGAGGGCAACUACGAGCUAUCGCCAAUGCAACAAGUUUCAAUUGCAAAUGUCAACUCUAAAAACCAAAUUGUACUCAGCGGUAGCAUCGAGCGGAUUAAGCAUCUGUUGAUACAGCUUCGGCAGUUUUCGGGUCAUGAUCCGAGAGCUGUCCGCUUAAGGAGCGAGAGCCCGUUUCACAGCCCAGUUAUGAAACCAGCAGCAGACUACAUGCGAAAGGCUCUUGAGCAUGUGGAAAUAAAGUUUUCGGCAUCGAUCCCCUGCAUUUCAAACGUAUCCGCAGUUCCCUUCCGUUCAAAAGAAGAUCUCAAAGACCUCCUUUCAAGGCAGUGUGUGGAGACUGUAAGGUGGUGGGAUAGCAUACGAUAUCUUGAUCAGGAACGCGGGGUGAAACGGUGGAUUGGUAUCGGUCCCGGCAAAGUUGGAAGAAAUCUUGUGGGAAAGGAAGUCGGAAAGGUCUCUGCCCGAGGUGGAGGAGUGUGGGCGAUCUGUGACCCCAGAGAGAUUGAGCAGGUACUUACUGACUUAAGUAAAAGUAAUGAGAAUACAGUACAUUGAAUAUCAAUAAUAUAUAGAGAAGUGCUAUUAUAAUAUAAUAAUAAUAAUUAAAAAAAAAAUAAUUAAAAAAAAAAUAACCAGAAUUACCAGAAUCGGCUUUUUCACACAAAAUUACUCAAUUUUUUGAAUAAAAAACCUGUCAAUAGAUU